AUGGCAAAGCUUCUUCAAACCCUAAUUUCACUGCUUUCCUGCAUAGCCUUGCUCCUUGACAUCGCCAAUACGGCGCAAUCGCAGACGACCUCCUUCUCGUAUGCUUUCAACGGCGAGCAGCCGACCGACCUACUCUACCAAGGCGACACCCACUUCCCAUCCGACUCCACCUACCUCCGCCUGAUCAACAUCGACAGCUGGGGUUUCCCGGUGCAACAGAGUGCUGGCCGAGCCGUGUAUUCCAAGCCCAUCCAAUUUUGGGAAGUUGGAGCGCCGUUCCAACUAGAAACCACCGUAAAAUUCAUCAUUACACCAAUUAACCCAUUCCCAGCCAAUGGCUUCACCUUCUUCAUCCAGCCCGUUGGCUCUCCAAUCGGAUCCCCUGGCGAGAGCUUUGGAAUCUUUGACAUAAAUGGUACGAAUCCAUCCGUCUUUGCCGUGGAAAUUGACCUCGCCUUAUACUAUUGGCAGGGUGAUCGUCAUGUUGGGAUUGACAUUGGAUCAGUUGAUUCCAAAAACAGAACCGACGUGGGAACCGCAAUUCUGGGGCAGGAGGUGACUGCCCGCAUCAACUACCACCAAUCUUCCCAAUUGAUCAGUGUUCACGUAACGGCAGGCUCACAAACUUUUGAGGUGAGCUAUGUGUACGACUUGACCACCAUUCUUCCUCAGCAGGUUGAAGUCGGACUCUCCGCCGCCACCGGACCCCAAGUCGCCAUCUUCGACGUCAUAGCUUGGGAUUACUCUUCAACUCUUGGGCAGACGACUUCUACUCUUGUGAAAACCAGUGCCAACCGCGAAUUGGAGGACGCCAAAAUUCGCCAAUAUGUGUGA